AUACCUCUAUCAUGGUCUUGCCUGUAGAGGGCAGAAUUACGCAUUCCCUGCGUAAAGACUGCCGAAACAGUAUUAGAAGAAGAAUAUUUCUCGAAUGCCAUAUCCUUUUUUGGUAUUGUGAUUUUCGUACUUAGGCGAAGCUGGAGUGUUGGACGCGAGUAAAAAAAGCAUCAACAAAAUGUCAAAGUCAUUGAAGAAAAUAGUGGAUGAGAAUCGGGAGAAGAACCUUCCCGAUGUUGAAAUGUGUGACAGAGGCAUUUCGAACAUGUUGGAUAUCCCUGGACUAUUCAGUUUGUCCCACAUCACUCAAUUGGUCCUGAGUCACAACAAGCUGACAGUGGUGCCAGCCAACAUAUCUGAGCUGAAAAACCUGGAGGUUCUCAAUAUGUUCAACAACCAAAUUGAAGAGCUCCCAACUCAAAUUAGCAGUCUUCAGAAGUUGAAACACCUUAAUCUCGGAAUGAACCGCCUUUACAACUUGCCCAGAGGCUUUGGUUCUUUGCCAGCGCUUGAAGUUUUGGACCUCACCUACAAUAACCUAAGUCAAGAUUCAUUGCCCGGAAACUUCUUCUAUCUAACAACUCUUCGUGCUCUAUAUCUGAGUGAUAAUGACUUCGAGGUCCUGCCAGCUGACAUCGGAAAGAUGACCAAGCUGCAAAUAUUGAGCCUACGGGACAACGAUCUGAUCUCACUCCCAAAGGAUAUCGGGGAUUUGGUACAACUCAAGGAGCUUCACAUACAGGGCAAUAGACUGACUGUACUACCUCCGGAACUCGGUAAUCUGGAUUUGACUGGUCCAAAACAGGUCUUCAAAGCCGAGAACAAUCCCUGGGUCACUCCCAUAGGUGACCAGUUCCAACUGGGAGUCUCGCAUGUUUUUGAAUACGUUCGAUCUGAGACCUACAAAUACCUCUAUGGCAGACAUAUGCAGGCCAACCCCGAACCUCCAAAGAAGAACAAUGACAAGACUAAGAAGAUUAGCCGUAAACCACUGGCAGCCAAAAACAAAUGAAAACUCGACGUGAAUGUUAGGGUUCUUUUAACUAGCCAGACUCACUGCAUGUGCCUUUCAGUAGCUAGCAAUUUUGAACUAGAAUGAUGAACAAGAUCAUUUCCCAGAUUUUCCUUUCUAAAUCAUUGGUUUUUCAGGUACAUAGAUCAUGUAGCAGACAAAAUAAUAUUUAAAAAGUGAAAUGAAGUUCAUUGACUUUACUGAAAGUAUGCAGUAAUGGUUUGUAAACGUCAUUUCACUUCUCAAAUAACACUGUGUUCAUCUGCUAUAUAUGUUGUAUUUGACUGACAUUUCUGAUCAGAACAACCAAUGAUUGAUAAAAGAAAAUCCUGAAAAUGGUCUAAACUUUUUUAUACAACUGUAUAUGUAUUUGUAUAUAUAUAUUGCAUAUUUUGACUUUAAAAGAUGGCUAUAUAAAAAUAGAUUUAGAUCUGUUUUGUAUUCAUCAGCAGUAUUAAGGCUUGUCAGACUAGAAGUUGUAUCUCCUUUCGGAGGCUUUUCCAUUGCAUUUUAUGGAGACGAUACUAUAUAUAUAUAUAUAUAUAUAUAAAACGUCACGCUGUUGCCACAUGUAACAUGAAUGUACAUGGCUGUUACUAACACCACAAAUGUGGAUGAUUCGUGCUUCAAGCCUGGAUUAAAUCAAAGUCAAACUCAC